AUGCCUGAGAUUGCCGAAGUCGCACGCGUCACCCACUUCCUCCGCCUUCAUCUCGUCGGCAAGAAGAUCAGCAAGGUCUGGGCCCAAGAUGACCAGAAUGUCUUCGGCAAGGUCGGGACAAGUGGCGAUGCGUUUAUGAAGGCCCUUACGGGAAAGCAGGUAGUGGGCGCCGGAACUCAGGGGAAAUAUUUCUGGCUGCUGCUAAACACUCCGCCGCAUCCAGUCAUGCACCUCGGUAUGACCGGUUGGAUACAUAUCCGAGGUGAACAGACAGCCUACACCCGCUACGCCGAGAAGACGAAGGGCGACAAGGAGGAAUGGCCGCCCAAGUUCUGGAAAUUCCACCUGGCGACCGACAGCGACCCCAAGGUCGAGGUGGCCUUCACAGACGCUCGACGAUUUGGCCGGAUUCGCUUGAUGGAUUGUCCAGGCGAAGACAUUCGGAAGCACACUCCGCUCAAGGAGAACGGGCCCGACCCCGUGGUCGACAAGGACAUAUUUACUGAGGAUUUCCUGAAGCAGAAGAUGAGAAGCAGACACGUCCCCAUCAAGGCCUUGCUGCUAGAUCAGGCCACUGUCAGUGGCAUCGGCAACUGGGUCGGUGACGAGAUCAUGUAUCAAGCGAAGCUGCACCCGGAACAGUACUGCGACGACUUCAGCGAUGCCGACAUCAGCACAUUAUACAAGGCCAUUCGUCACGUCUGUGAUACCGCGGUGGAGAAACUAGGCGACUCGGACCAAUUCCCCGAAGACUGGCUAUUCAAUCAUCGAUGGGGCAAGGGCAAGAAAGACGCGGCUACGACACUGCCGAACGGAGAAAAGUUCACAUUCAUCACCGUCGGUGGACGCACCAGUUGCGUGGUCCCCGGCGUGCAAAAGAAGACGGGUCGAGUAGCAGCGGACGCCAAGGUUGAAUCUGCGCCUGAAGAGAACGGGGAUGAGGGUCGUAUUUCUACAGACAAGAAGGGUAGCAGAUCUAAGAGGAGUAAAAAGGAGGUUGACCAACACGAGCCGGAGGAGCAUCCGAAGAAGAAGGCCCGAACCUCGAAGCCCAAAACCGUCAAGAAGGAAGAGGAAAAGCCGCCGAAGGAAGAGGAUGAGCCUGCGACUAAUGGUAGUCAGAAGUCCAGGAGGGACAACAUGAAGAAGAAGACUGUCGCGCCUCCUCAUGAACCUGGCCGGAGGCGCUCUGCGGUCAUGGAUGAAGAUAUGAAGGGCGGGAGCGGAGAGGCAGGCGGAAGUCUUGGCCUUGGUGCUCGAAUACUUGAACGAUCGCCCCUGUCAAAAACAAGAAGUUUAUCGGAUGGAGAUGGAUCGCAACUGUCGCCCUCUCCCCACAUCAUUGAGGCUGAAAGAAGGACCUCGAAAGACGACAGUGCAUUGGGGAGGGACCGCAUUCAAGACACGACGACCCCCGUCACGCCCCGUCGUCCCGACUUUCCCCUUCGCGGCUUGUCACUGCACAUGCCCCGGGGAAAUUCGCCUUCAGCUUCGCCUUCGCACAAUCCGACCAAUAUCCGCCCAGCGCCUUUGUCCCCGAAGCUCGACCCUUCCCAGAUCUAUGCAUCGCCAACGAACAUCCUUCCCCGACGGUCGCGCGGGUUGGACUUCUCUCGGGCAGCCACAAGCCUACAUCACUCGAUGCUGGCCGAGCAGUCGUCACCCGACUCAUCACCAACAAUCGGUGGCCGCGCUAUGAAUAUACCCGGCCGUGCGAACGCUGAAUAUGGGUCAGACCAGCAGCCCACGUCUUUGUGGUCCAUGAUGGGCAACCAGGAGCGCAUGAACAUUUCUAGCUCGCUGGGAAGCACAAACCACCCUUUGGCCUCGGACUCUUCGUCUAGUUCGGGUGACGACGCUUUCAUGGAUGAAGAAAUGGAGGACCCCAUCCUCGGCACACCACAGGUUGCUCAGGGUAACCGGCAGGCCCACGGGACCCACGCGGCUCCGUGGAUGCCCGGGACAUCUCCUGCCAUGAAUAGCCUCUCGAGCUUCCGAUCGCGACCACGGAAACAGAACAAAAGAAAAUUACGGGGCUUGGCUGGUCUGGGCUUCAACGCUGCUGCCCCAUCGCCACCAAAUAACGCGGUGAGGGAGAUCCGCGAUACUCCCAUCUCUCAUUCGCGACGCGAAAGCAUCAGUUGGGCAGCCAACCAAUUACAGAUUUCCGGCAGUGAGAGUGAGGAGAAGACAAUGGAUACGAGCGACGGCUUGCCGAUAACCCUUGCGAGAGAUGGCCCCAGAGGCGUGGUCAAAAGAGUCGUGACACGGAGAGGCAAUCUGCUGCCGAAAACGAAAGGUUUUGCACGCAUACGUGCUGCCCUCGCCGAAGAGAACACUCCUGUUGACUCCGAGUUUCGCCGCGAAGCUGAGGUCAUUCGCCAAGUCCGUGAAAGCGAUACAGAUCUCGAGCCCCGUAUACCCUCAGGUCCUGCACCUCUAGAUUCCCCGAACACGGCUCCGUCACAGACGUCGCAGACGCCGCCCAAUCUCGCUUCUACCCAGGAACCCCUCGAUGGACUACUACCCGACGAUGACAUGAUGACGGAUUCGAGCAGCUUCAAGCAGCAAGCAAUGAAGAACUCCAAGGGUAAGAACUUCUGGGAUAUAUUCUCCGAGACGAGCAGCAUUGCCGGCAGUAGAACAACGCCGCCGCCACCUGCUUUCUUGCCCCGGGGCUCGUCGUCUGGUAUAAGCGAGGAUGUUAACAUGGACUCGCCGUCUCUGUCAGCCGGGUCUGGUAACACUAGUCUGUUCGGCCUGAGCAGCGGCCUCACCAUCGGUAAUUCUGCCACUGAUAUCCAACGAUUCGAGACACCACAACCGACCGCUUCAGCACCACCCUCUCAGGGGAGCAGUGUACCGCCGACUGCCGCCGAGAUCACGCGACGCAUUAACAACAAACGACGGAGAGAUGACGAUUUCGACCCUCAUAGCUUCAAGAGACGGGCGGUCAGCCCAGGGAUGAGCGUCCACAACUCCCCAAUCAUGCAAAGCCCAAUGCAGCGAGACAUGGCACCCUGGGGAUCACGGCCAGGGAGCAACCACGGGGCGGAUAAGGCAUCAGCCACGCCGAGUGAGAAUGGGAGCACGGUUGGCAGUGGCGGUACUGCAACGAACAGCGGGCGGCCCAUCAACAGCGCUAAGGGUCGCAUCGGUUUCCAAGGUAUGGUGGACACGCACGACGGUUUGAUGCGCAUGAGCAUCGAGUGA